CGUCAUCUUCAUCCUCCCGGUCAUCUAUGCAUCAUCUACAUCCUUCAGGUCCUCUACGCGUCAUCUACGUGUCAUCUCCAUCCUCCCGGUCCUCUACGCGUCAUCUCCGGCCUCCCGGUCAUCUAUGCGUCAUCUACAUCCUCCAGGUCCUCUACGCGUCAUCUCCAUCCUCCCGGUCCUCUACGCGUCAUCUCCAUCCUCCCGGUCCUCUACGCGUCAUCUCCAUCCUCCCGGUCCUCUACACGUCAUCUUCAUCCUCCCGGUCAUCUAUGCAUCAUCUACAUCCUCCAGGUCCUCUACGCGUCAUCUACGUGUCAUCUCCAUCCUCCCGGUCCUCUACGCGUCAUCUCCGGCCUCCCGGUCAUCUACACGUCAUCUCCAUCCUUCCGGUCAUCUAUGCAUCAUCUAAAUCCUCCAGGUCCUCUACGCAUCAUCUACGUGUCAUCUCCAUCCUCCCGAUCCUCUCAUCUCCAUCCUCCAGGUCCUUUACAUGUCAUCUCCAUCCUCCUGAUCAUCUACAUGUCAUCUCCAUCCUCCCGAUGAUCUACACGUCCUCUACACGUCAUCUCAAUCCUCCCGGUCACCUACGCGUCAUCUCCGGCCUCCCGGUCACCUACGCGUCAUCUCCAUCCUCCCGGUCACCUACGCGUCAUCUCCAUCCUCCCGGUCACCUACGCGUCAUCUCCAUCCUCCCGGUCACCUACGCGUCAUCUCCAUCCUCCCGGUCCUCUACACGUCAUCUCCAUCCUCCCGGUCCUCUACACAUCACCUUCAUCCUCCCAGUCAUGUACACAUCUUCUCCAUCCUCCAGGUCAUCUACAAGUCAUCUCCAUCCUCUAGGUCAUCUACAAGUCAUCUCCAUCCUCCCGAUCAUCUACAGGUCAUCUCCAUCCUCCCGAUCAUCUACACAUCAUCUUUGGCCUCCUUGUCAUGCGCAGCAGAGGACGUCACAUGUACUAGUCUUAGUUUUGGAGCGCCCCACCCAUCUUGGAGAUGCUCAUGUUCUAGAACAGUGGUUCUCAACCUGGGGUACAUGUACCCCCAGGGGUACUUAGCAGUUCUCCAGGGGGUGCUUAAAAAAAAUCACCAAUGGCAGCCAUUGGUCUGGACCACUCUGAAAGAAAUGGUAGGCUGACAUCACUGCACCGAGGAGUGGAGCAGGAGGACAACCUAGGUCCCCAGACCAGAGGAGCAGUGGGGCACCAAAGCGGGACUGUAUGGUGGCCUACAACUAUAUAUGGGGGCACAGAGGGGGGCCUACCAACUUUAUGGGGACACAAAGUGGGUACUAUUACUGCGUGUGACAAUAAACAUGGGGAGUUUGUAAAUAGAUGGGUAAUGUAUUGCAGAAAGGAGCCUAAAAUGUUUGUUUGGCUUGUUCUUUGGAGAAGUCUUGUAUGGGAGAAAUCUUUAUAGCAGUCUAGGGCAGGUAGUGAAGAAAAGAAAGCAACUCAGGUAAGAGAAGACAUCACCUGUAAAUCGGGGGUGGGGGGUGCUGAGGAGAUAGGGAGAGGAACAAGGGAAAAACUGUAAAAAACGCAAUGCACUAUAUUUAUCAGUGGGUAUGUAGUUUAAAGUGCUGCUUUAUAGAGCAACUCACAAAUAACGUAUUCAAUUUGCAUCUUUGCCUUCUCUUCUUCAUCUGGUCCGGGCCAUCAUCACAAUUUCUUCCACCCACAAUUCUUCACCGUCAAACCUGCAAAACAAACCUAUUAGGCUCCGCACUUUUUUUUUUUUUUUACAUGGGUGACAGAGGGGUGUAGAGGAGUGUACAUGGGUGACAGGGGUGUAGAGGAGUGUACAGAGGGGUGUAGAGGAGUGUACAUGGGUGACAGGGGUGUAGAGAAGUGUACAUGGGUGACAGAUGGAUGUACAUGGGUGACAGAGGGGUAUAGAGGAGUAUACAUGGGUGACAGAGGGGUGUAGAGGAGUGUACAUGGGUGACAGAGGGGUGUGGAGGAGUGUACAGAGGAGUGUACAUGGGUGACAGAGGGGUGUGGAGGAGUGUACAGAGGGGUGUAGAGGAGUGUACAGAGGGGUGUAGAGGAGUAUACAUGGGUGACAGGGGGGUAUAGAGGAGUGUACAUGUGUGACAGAUGGGUGUACAUGGGUGACAGAGGGGUGUAGAGGAGCGUACAGAGGGGUGUAGGGAGGUGUACAAGGGUGACAGAUGGGUAUAGAGGAGUGUGCAUGGGUGAAAGAGUGGUAUAGAGGAGUAUACAUGGGUGACAGAGGGGUGUAGAGGAGUGUACAUGGGUGA